AUGUUUAAGAGAUGUAUCUUAUAUUUUGUUAUAUCCAUUUUUAGUUUAGUUCUGGUGGUUUAUAAAGAAUCUAGAUAUGGAUAUAACAAAUUUAAAUAUGAGAAGAAGUAUAAGAAAGGUUGUGAUAUAAACGAUGAUCUAUGUUAUAAUGAGAAUGAUGAUAAUGUUGAUAAUGCUAAGGCUAUAGGUAAAACCGAAAACGAUUAUGAAGUUGUUAAUUAUGAUGAAUAUACAAAUAAUAAUAAAAAGAAAAGUAUAAGUCUAAGUAAUAACAAAACGAAGAAUAAAAAUUAUUUUGAUAAUUAUAAUAAUAAAUAUGUAGAUAAGAAUGAAAUAAAUUAUAUUUUUAAACCUUAUUUUGAAGAAUUAAAUAAUAACAUUACAAAAUUAGAUCAUGUUAUUUCCUUAUUUUAUGAAUUUUCGAUAAAUGCAAAAUUCUUUAUUUUAAUAUUUUUUAAAUCUACUAUGAACAUAUUACAUUCAUAUGGUAUCUUAUUAAUUUCAUUAAUCAAAAUUUUAUUUUUAUGGUUUAUUAUUAUACAACCAUAUAUUAAAUGGUUAUUUAUUAAAUUAAAAAAAUCAUAUAUGAAAUUAGAUUAUCAGAGUAAGAAAUAUAUUAUAUAUAUGAUGACCAUACUUUUAACAUUCUUAUAUUUAAUAUAUGUAGGAGUUUUUAAAUAUAUCAUAAAUAAAAUAUCUAAAAUCUAUAAAUACUUUUUAAAAAAAAUAUUCAGAAUUAAUAAUUUCUUAUUUAAAGUUUUUCCUUAUAUUAUAAGCACCUUGUUAUAUGCUACAAUAAUUAAAACCAUACCGAUCAAAUGUAUUUCCUUUUUUAUAUAUUCAUGUUUUUUCCCAUUCCCUUCUAUAUAUUCAAUAGUUAUUAUUUUGAAAUAUGUAUACCUCCCAACUUUAAAUACGUGUAUUAUUAAUAAGGUAGAAGAAAAAUAUCACCAAAAAAAUCAAGAAAAAAAUCAAAACCAAACAAAAUAUCAAUCCGUAGAUACUUCUACCACAUCGAAAGAGAAACAUGAAUAUAUAAGAACACAACAUCAUAAUUCUUGUACAACAAAUGCAGGGAGUUGUAUGCAAAUCCAAGAUGUUUCUGAAACGAAUGAAGGACUAACGUUAAAAAAAAAAUAUAUAAAUGGAAAGGAUAAAGAUAAAGAAAAAGAUAAAGAAAAAGAAAAAAAAAGAGAAACGUCCAAGGGAAUGUUAAAAAAAAUUACAAAAAAGGUAACUGGGAAAAUAUCUAAAAAGACAGCUCAAGAGGGAGCAUGUGAAAAUGAUGUACAAGAGGGAGCUUGUAAAAAUGAUGUACAAGAGGGAUCAUGUGAAAAUGAUGUACAAGAGGGAGCAUGUAAAAAUGAUGUACAAGAGGGAGCAUGUAAAAAUGAUGUACAAGAGGGAGCAUGUAAAAAUAAUGUACAAGAGGGAGCAUGUAAAAAUAAUGUGCAAGAGGGAGAAGGUCAUUCACAAGAAAUAAAUCACCAUAAUAUAGAUCAAGUUGAUGAAAUUUAUGAUAGUUCUACAGAAGAAGAAUGUGACCAUCCUGUGGAUUAUAAAGAUGAAAAAAACGAACAUCUAUUAAAUGACCAAAUGGAUGAUGGUGUAGAAGAUUAUGUUGAAGAAUACAUUGAAGAGCAAGCUAAGGGUGAAAAUAAAAUUUGUUAUAAAGAUAUAAAUAAAAAUGUUCAUAUAAAUCAUAUACAUAUUAAUGAUAUUAAUCAAAAUAAUAAGAAAGCUAUGGAUGAAAAAAAUAAUUAUUGUAUAAGUAAUUUUUCUUUUAUUAAAAAAAAAUAUUCUACUUUAUUUGGACUUGAAAGUUUUAAUUUAAGAUUUCGAUAUAAAUCAAAAAGAGAAAACAAAUCUGAAUUAUCUUCAAGUCAAUAUAAUCAAAUUGGAAAUGAAAGAUUUAGUUGUGCAUCAUCUGUAUCAUUUUUAAAUGAUGAAGAAGGAAAUAUACUUUCAUAUGAUGUGCCUAUAUUAUUAGAAUAUUGGUUAUUUAUUAAUAUAUUGAAAUUUUUAAAAACAGCUUUUUUUUUUCAUAAAUUUGUAAAAAUACCUUUCCUAUUUGAAUAUUUUACAUUGUUUGUUAUUACUAUAAAUUUGAGUGAAAAAUUACAUGAGUUUAUGUUUUUAAAAAAAUAUAAAUCUUCCAUCUUGGUAAGAUUAUUAAAAAAUGUAUUAGUAACAACCGUCGAUUUCUUAUUAUAUUUCUUAUUUAAUGUUAGAUUAGAAAAUGAAAAAAAAGAAGAAGAAAAACAAAAUAAUAAUAAUAAUAAUAAUAAAAAAGAAUAUUUAGAAAGAAGUAAUUUAUUAAUCAAAUUAUCAAAAAUUUUUAAAGAGAAACUUAAAAUGAAUGAAACAGUCAAAUUCAGUUUUACUUGUCUAAAAUCUAUAAUAACAGAAAAUGUUGUUGAAAGUGUUAAAUUACCUUUAUAUAUUAAAAUAUGUAUUAAUAUCUUAAUAUAUAUGCCGCAAUUAGUUUUACUUAUAUUCCCAUCUUUUAUACUCAAAAUCUAUUUUCUAUAUAUCUUUUUUCUAGCACCUAUUUUUGGAUCACUUAAAUGCUUAGAAGAAAAAAAAGAAAUACACAACAAAAUAUAUUUUAUAUGCUAUUUCUUUUUUUAUAAUAUAUCAUCUAUUGUAGUAAACCAUUCUAUUUUUAAGUGUUUACCAUUCUACAAUUUAUAUAAAAUUUUAAUUACUAUAUCUGUUCAAACAGCUCUCAAAUAUAUUUUUAAUACCCUAAAGUUAAUGAGUUGA